AAGGCAAAAAACGAGAAAAAGUGUGAGAAGUAUUGAAGUGAAAGAAGUGGUCAUUCUGGACGAGAAUGAACUCGAAACAACACUGCAAUAGAUGCGGAAAACAAGUGUAUCCAACUGAUAAAGUUGGUCCACUUAAGGAUUCUACAUUUUUUCAUCAAGGUUGCUUCAAAUGUUACAUUUGUGGAACACGUCUUGCUUUGAAAACAUAUUGUAAUAAUCGAAAUGAUAUCAAUGAUAAAGAAGUGUAUUGCUCAAAUCAUGUUCCAAUUGCUGGACCACAUGAUUUACCAAUGGCAUCCACUAAUGGCUCCGGAAAAAAUUUGGAGAACAAUAAUCAUGUAAAAAAUGGUAAUUGGAUUGACGCUGGUCUCAGUGAUAUGAAAAUAGCACAUGCAAUGAAGGCUACACAAGUUGCAAGACCGUACCCAAAAAUUAGUCACGAAGGAGCAAAAUACGUAGUUGAUUAUGAUACUCAAACACGUCUUGAAUUGUUGCAUCGAAAAGAUGAAGACGAUUUGUACGAGUCAUUCCAAGAUAAAAGAGUACGAGAAGCUGAAGAAUUUGAAAAAGAGAAUACGGAAGAAUGGGAGAAAGCUCUGGCUGAAUUCGCUAAGAAAUAUGAAAAAGGACAGUCGAAUAUGAAAAAAGAUGAUCUUAUCCGGCAAUUGACUAUUAAACGAGAAAAGAAGUUGGAAACAUUGCACACCAAGCGAAAGGAACGUGAACGUCAUCAAACAGCUGAGCUAGUUGAUCGUCAAGCUAAAGAAAUGCUGGAACUUUUCAAAGCAUCUAGAUCAGAGUACAGUAACCUACAGUACCCAUCCACACCUCCACCGCCAGUUCCACCGUCUUGCAGCAAACGAGAAAUUUAUACGACAACUGAUUAUUUUUCGAGCAUCGAUGAGGUGGCAAUUCACUGUGCUAGAAAUGAAGUAGCUUCAUUCACAGAUCUAAUUAGAACCCUAUCGUCUGGAGCAAGAUCAGAUGUUGACGUGGCAAGAGCAAUUUAUCGAUGGAUUACAAUUAAAAAUUUGAACACAAUGAUUUUCGAUGAUUCAAUUCAAAAUGAUACUCCAAUGGGAUUGCUAAGAGGAAUUAAAUAUGGAACUGAAAGUUAUCAUGUUCUUUUCAAAAGAUUAUGCAGUUACGCUGGUCUUCAUUGUGUCGUCAUUAAAGGAUUCUCAAAAUCAGCUGGAUAUCAACCUGGUUAUUCAUUUGAUGAUCAUCGCUUCAGAAACACAUGGAACGCUGUAUUUUUGGACGGUUCCUGGCGAUUUGUGCAGUGUAAUUGGGGAGCUCGACAUUUAGUAAACGCUAAGGACGGAUCUCAUGAGGCAAAAACAGAUGGAAAUCUUCGUUAUGAAUAUGAUGAUCACUAUUUCAUGACAGAUUCAGAGGAAUUUAUUUAUGAAUUCUUUCCAUCAGAUCAUGCAUGGCAACUUCUACCACGUCCACUAUCUCUUCUACAAUUUGAACGCAUUCCAUUUGUUAGAUCUCUUUUUUUCAAGUAUAAUUUGUCAUUUAUCGAUAAUAAGUUGGAGUCUACGGUUUAUACAGAUAAAUCAGGUGCUGCUUCAAUAUCAAUUAGGUUACCACCAAAAGGAGAUUCAUUGAUCUUCCACUAUAAUUUGAAAUUUUUCGAUUCCGAAGAAAAUACCAUAAGUGGAAUGUCACUGAAAAGAUUUGUUAUGCAGUCUGUAACAGAGGACGUUGUUACAUUCCGUGUUCAUGCUCCAUCUACUCGUCCUCUUCUACUUGAUAUUUUUGCCAAUUCAGUUUCAUCAGGAGCAUAUUUAACAGGACAGCCAAUCAAAUUUAAAAGUGUUUGCAAAUUUAAGGUUGUGUGUGAAUCGCUUCAAGUGAUAAUGGUACCCCUACCUGAAUGUGCAUCUGGUGAAUGGGGUCCUGCAAAGGCCACAAGAUUAUUCGGACUUCUUCCAAUAUCUCAUCCGGACGCAAUUAUCAAUACUGGAAGAUAUGUGGAAAUUCGGUUCAGAAUGACACGCCCACUUUCGGAAUUCGUCGCUUCAUUACAUCGAAAUAGAACAGACGAUAGAGCUUUACAAGCAUGCACUCGAUCAGCUCUUAAAGGAGAUAUGGUGUAUAUUCAAAUCGAAUUUCCUGGUGAAGGUCAAUAUGGUUUGGAUAUUUAUACUCGCCAAGACGAUCAACUAAUCAACGGAAAACAACUCCUCACACAUUGUUGCAAGUAUCUCAUUCAUUCGAGGAACUGUUAAUAUUUCCUUUAAACUAUUGAGAGUAUUGUUCUUGUCCCUCAAAUGUUGCCAUUCAUUCUUUUUGAGAGAAAGAAACGGACCUGCAGGGUAUUCCAAUUGUCCUUAGUUAUCUCAUUAUUAAUCUAAUUUUCUCUGAAUAUGUUCUGAUGAAUCUGUGCGUCUUUGAUGUUUCAUUGGCACACACGGGUUUAUCUUUGAAACUGAAAUUCCUGAUGAUACAAUCCCGAGUUCUGUUAUUUCUCUUUUGUGUCACACACUUGAAAAGCUUCCCAUGUUUUAACGCAGUAUUUUGAACUCAUGUUUUUUUGUGUAGAUCGGUAAAAUCUAAUGUAUAACAAGUACCGUUGAAUAAAGUUUUACAAG